CGGUCGGUGUCGAGGAACGUUGCGCACGGCUCCACAUGAAGCGCCGAGCACCCCUCAACAAGUCUCCCAAGGCAGCUGCGUCGCCGCGGCAUGAGGUGUAUGUGCAAUCGCCCAAGAAAAGCUUCAAUGGCGGCGAGGUUCCCGUCGGUGAUGACAUUGCGAAACCAAGCUUGUCAGUCGUCAAGCGCGUCGUUGCAGGCAUCUCCAUGAUCGGUCUCUUCGGCCUCAUCAUCUAUGGCGGACACUUGUACGUGACGUUGUUAGUUGUCAUCCUGCAGACACUCAUUUUCCGAGAGCUCGUCAACGUUCGAUACCGCGCGGCAGCGGAGAAGAACAUUCCGUGGUUUCGCAGCAUCCAAUGGUGUUGGUUUGGGGUGGCCUUGCUGUACAACUACGGCGACUCGUUCCAGUCGUUCCUGCGGUCGACCCAUACCAAACUCGACUUUCCCUGGUUACGCAUGUACCUGCAGUACCACACAUGGGUUAGCUUCAGUCUCUACGCCACGCUCUUUGUUUUCUCGGUGCUCAGCCUCAAAAAAGGGUAUUACAAGUACCAGAUGGGCCAGCUGACGUGGACCAUCGUGACGCUGUGCUUGAUUGUGUUCCAGAUGCGCUCCAUCUUGGACAAUAUCUUCAAAGGCCUCGUGUGGCUCUUCUUUCCCGCGUCGCUCGUGGUGUGCAACGACUGCUUUGCGUACUUUUGCGGCAAAUUGUUUGGCAAGCGCUUCAUCAAGGCGGCGUUCCUCAAGCUCAGUCCAAACAAGACGUGGGAAGGGUUCCUCGGCGCGUUCGUGUGCACGGUGGCGUUUGGUUUCUGGAGCAGUGCGCUCUUGGCGCAGUCGACUUGGAUGACGUGCCCGUUGGAGUCGAUCGAGCUGAUGCCACCGCCGCUGACGUGCACGCCCCACCCGGUCUUCAUCAAGGCAUGGUAUGCACUGCCAGCUCCAGUGGCGGCGGUGGUCUCGAUACCUCGCGUGCAGUUGUACCCGAUUCAGGUGCAUUCGCUCGUAUUUGCGUGCUUUACGUCGGUGAUAUCGCCGUUCGGCGGGUUUUACGCGUCGGCAAUCAAGCGCGCGUACAAGCUCAAGGUUGGUUCGUUGCAUGUUGUUCCGGGAUGGUGAUGGGCGGUAGGAUUUUGAUUCCGUCAUUCCUGGCCAUGGCGGGUUCAUGGACCGCAUGGACUGCCAGUUCAUCACGGCGCUCUUCACGACGGUGUACUGCACGACCUUUAUUUGGUCGUACUCUACCACCGCCGACGCCAUCGUACAGCAAGUCGUGCAAUUGCCCCGCGACCAGCAGCUGCAGGUGCUGCACCAGCUCCAAGCCGUCCUGGCCACUGCUUUGUAGCGCGUCGUUUGAGAGCGCGACAGGCGUCAAUGUACGAUAACGUGCAUGUCUUUAGCCGUGCAAA